GAAUGGUGGCCUCCAUUGCUGAAUCCAAAACACAAAUACAUCCCAUCCACAAAAAUCCGCCUAUCCGCCAUUGCCACUUCUGCUCCCUCCUCACUUCGUCUCUACUAUUUCUUUCAAAAUCAAGCCAUUCUAUUAUUUAUACCAAUGGACUUACUUUCCUCGGUGUACGCGUCAUUCCCACUCGCGUCGCACGAAGAGUCAGCAUCAGUGCGUCAAUACUUCUGGGCCACAGUGGUCCUCAGCUGGCUCCUAACUUUUGUUCCGCAAGGCGGGCGCAGCCGCAACUACUCGAUCGUCGACCGACUCUGGCCGCUCUACCCGCCGACCUUCCUCAUUCAAUGGAUCUGGCAGCUUCAUGAGUACACUGUAGGCAAGCAGCUAUCGUCUCACGCGCUGUUUCUCUGCGCCCUGGUAUUUGUAUGGUCACUGCGUCUAUGCUAUAAUUCAAUCAGGCGCGGGGACUACCGCGUUGGCGCAGAGGAUUAUAGGUGGAUCCACGUGCGCCAGUCCUUCGCCUGGAUGCAUCCGGUCGUGGGCACGGUGGCCUGGGAGGUGUUUAACUUUGGGUUUAUUUCUGCUUUCCAGCUGGGCCUGUUGUACUUGAUUGUGUGGCCGGCACGCUUCCUGGUGCUUUACGGCGAGGAGCAUUCGUGGAGCGCACUGGAGGUUCUGCUGGCAGUGUUGAUGUGUGCAUUGGUCUUGGGCGAGGCGCUGGCGGACCAGCAGCAGUUUGAUUUCCAGCAGAGAAAGAAAAAACAACACGGAGGCAGCAGCAGCAGCCAGCAGAAGGAAGGUGGCUUUGUGCACAAGGGGCUGUGGCGGUUCUCGAGGCAUCCGAAUGUGUUUUGCGAGCAGGCAUUUUGGGCUACGCUUGCGGUUUACUGUGCGGUGGCUACAGGAGUCGAUUUGGGCGACUGCGAUAAUGCGCAUUAUUUGCUCGGCCCCUUGGUGCUCAUUGUUUUGAUGUGGGCGUCGGUUGGGUUGACGGAGCGCAUUACACUAGCUAAGUACCCGCUUUAUCGCGCGUAUCAGCUCAAAACAAGCCGCUUAGUUCCUUGGGUACCGGCCACAAACGCACACGUCAUCAGCACCGCUGCCGCCGCUGCUGCUCCAACUGCCAAGAAAACGCGCUAAAAAAAUAUCUGUGGGCUCAAGCUUCGUCCAGC